CUCGUCAGUGUUGUUCAGACCUCUUGUUUCAUUUGACGGAUUCGUGUCGAGUGGAUAUUCAUAAUAAAUUCACUGAUGUGGGUUCUUCUUCUAUGUGCCUAAUACAAUUGUUCUAUACGAGUUUUUUCUGUAAUGUUUUUACUAUUAUCGACCAAUUCACGUCUUUAAUUAUGAUAGUGAUUUUAUAAGAAUAUUUUUAAUAGGUGGAUAUACAAUUUAACUACUGCAAAUAGAGUGUAUUGUUUUAUCAAAUAAAUAAAACUUUGAUUAAUAGAUAUGUAUAUGGUAUCCGAUUACUGUUUUCGGGUGCAGAUUUGAUAUUUAAGAGUAUUAACAUUAUUUUACUAAAUAUCAUCUGAUAUGAGAUAGUGAAAGUGUAUAUAAUUUGGGCUUUAAUUUUAUAAUAUUUAAUUAAAAGUUAUGUAAAACUGUGUAUAAAUUUAUUGGAUACACAAAUUUGUGUGAAGGAAUAGCAUUUAAUAAUGGACAUUCUGGAAUCUGAGACAUCAGUGGUAUUUUGCGUACAAGCACUUGUUGCGAUGGACAGGGCGGACGGACUUGUUACACUCUCUGAUGUAGAAGGAAGCACCACAGUCGGACUGGCCAACGGACUUUCAGAAAAUGCCUUUACUACGAAAUAUAUAAAACUUUAUGUAUAUCGCGCUUGCAAUAAUCAUUAAUAAAGACUUUACCAAGUUGAUCAGAAUUGAAUGCAGAAUAAACCAAAAUAGUUCAUAUUGACAACGUGCCCAGGGUUAUUCAUGGCGUCAAGUUGGUUAUGAACUCAUCUUCAAAGAUAUUAUCUUCAGGGGAAAUAACCCAUCAACAUGAGCUGGAACAACAUUUAUUGAAGCACACUAUUUCUUCGGGGCUUUCCCCACUCCCCAAUUCGACACCUGCAACUACGUUGAUCCACCAGCAUAAUUUUUCUAAUAUUCAUCAUAUGCAAAGUUUGCCAAAUCAACAACCUAGCGUCAUAUUUAACAGCACGCAUUCCACGCCAUUUAGCGUAACAGAUAUUUUAAGUCCAAUUGAGGACUCAUAUCGGAAGCUGGAGUUGAAUUGCAGUCCACCGUCACCCUUUAGAACAAAUUCCAGCGAAAGUAGUAUCACUUCACCUAAUACAUUAGGAUCUUCAACAAUGGCAAAUCCCUACGCGAUGGGUUCACUAUAUCACAGUCCAGGAGUCCAAAGUUAUUGCGGGCCAGCAGAUAAUCUUUCAUUAGCAGGACAUUAUUCUGAUAUGAGAAGUUCUGCGUCUUGGUAUGGAUCUACAACGAAUGAUCCCAGAUUUGCCAUUACCAGAUUAAUGGGUGGGUCAGCGACUACUUCAAUGGGACAUAUGGCCAAUAUGGGCAGCCUAGCCACAUGUAAUGUAACUGAUUCAAAGCCAUUACAAUUCCCUUUGACACAGCGGAGGAAACGGAGAGUAUUAUUUACCCAAGCUCAGGUGUACGAAUUAGAGAGACGCUUUAAGCAGCAAAGAUACCUAUCCGCACCAGAAAGAGAACAUUUAGCCAGUCUCAUACAUUUGACACCAACUCAGGUUAAAAUAUGGUUUCAAAAUCACAGGUAUAAAUGCAAGCGUCAAGCAAAGGAAAAGGCGAUGGCAGAACAAAGCCAACAAAAUCAGACUUCCAGUUCACCGAGACGUGUAGCAGUACCAGUUCUCGUAAAGGAUGGUAAGCCAUGUUCGGGUAAUAGCAGUACACCACUAUCUCAACAAGCUGGUACAGCUAGUAAUACAAGUAAUACCAGUAAUAACAACACUAACAUAAAUGAGAAUAUCAGUACCACGGAAGUGAAUAACAGCAUAACUAGUGGUUUAAAUCUUAUAACGGGUGAAACUACUAACUCCCAUUCUCCAGAUACAUCAAACUCCCUUAUUGCGAGCUAUAAUGGAACGAUUGGAAGCCACAAUCAAAUUCAACAGCAAUCAUGCAAUAAUUCUAUAAUGUCAAACAGUUUAGCCAUGGCAUAUCGCAAUCAAAAUAAUUUUAUUUCAAACGGGCAUCAGCAGCAGUGUACGGGUUACUUACCUCUCCAAGGUAGAGCGUGGUAAAAGUGAAAAAAAUUAAGUAAAUCAAUAAAUAGUUCACGAACAAAAAAGAAAUAUAUAAAUAAAUUCCGCAUAUAAAAGAGGUGUCUACUAAAUUCACAUUAGGAUGAAUGUAAAUUUUAUCGCAGUCGCAUUUAACACUGAUAAAUUAAUGAUUUUUUGUAAAUGUUACGCAACUAGCAUAUUUAUGCAAAUAAACAUCAGUUUUAUAGAUAUAUGGUAUUAGCUUGUAUAAAUCAAAAUGAUAUAAAGAUAGUUUUUCUACUCUCGUGUUUAAUGAAGCUUAAAAGACAAAAGUACGUACAUGUGUACAUACCUAUACUUGUACAUAUACUUAUUAAAAUGGUCCCAAAAAAACCUUUAUUUCUUUUCAUUUGAUAUUUACCGUGAAAAUAUCGCCUGAAACGACUAUAAACAUGCAAUUUGAGCUCUUAAUAUUGAUAGUAAUAGAUGGUGCAUUAUAAUUUGUGAUUGCGUAUAUUAAUAUCACAGGAAUAUUUUCUUGCCUUUUCGGAAUGUUUGAUGCAUUUGAAAGUAAAAACUUAUUAUUAAAAUGUAACUACGUCGACCCGUUCAAAAGUUAUUUAAGGUCAAAAUCCAACCUUAAAUUGUAAAAGAAAACUUUUCACAUUAAUUCUAAGUAAUCAUAACUCAAAAUCAUAAAACAGAUUUUCAUUACGAGUUUUCAUGCUUUUAUUCGAUAAAAUCAUAAUUUUUUCGUUUAGCAUGGUUCUGUUAUUACAACCGAAUAAAAUUCCUAAUAUUUCUAAUACUUCCAAUUUUGUGAUUAUAUAAUGUCUUUUUAUCGCUUUUUUUCAAUCGUACUAAAAGGUAAAAAUCUUAUAAAAAUAACCAAAAUUUUUCAUCUUUUUAUAGAUCUUUAAAAUGUCAACAAGAAUAAGGAUUUUUGUGAUCUUUUUGGAAGAUAUUUUCAUGGUAACUAAGGAAACAAUAGUAAUAAAGUUUUUUUUGGUCCAAACCAAACACUAGCAAUAGUGCAAAACUAUAAUAUGCAUAUAAUAACACAUGUAUAAAAUAAUGAUUUGUCGAAUUUUGAAUAUAGUAUGUAACAUUUUUUAAGGUUUCAAAUGAUGGUUAUUUACCGAUUUGUUUUCUAGGGAAAUAAACGACAAAAGUUAUUCAUAUUUAUUCGCUUUACGUUAGGUCUACCUGCAGGUGGAUUUUUUAAUUUAAAUAUUCCCAAAAAUAUUGGUAAUAAUAUUGGAUAGUCGAAAAAGUCUUUUCGUAUUUCUAACCAAACUUAAACUUAUUUUUUUAUAUUUAUACCAAUAAAUAUGGUGCAUAUAACAAAAACUUUGCACUAAUAUAACUAUUUCGGUACGGCGCCUAUCGGCCACAAAACGUUGCCCACGGCGGGAUUCUCUGUCCGCGAGCUGUCUCGUUCGUCGACAGAUCUUUGAUGAGAUAAUAAAAACGUACAGAACCGUGUUGCUCAAUGAAUUUAACGAAACUAAAAUUAUGCGAGCGAAUACUGCGCAACUAUAGAGAUAAGAUAAAAUUCCUGGCUGCUGACUAUAGUCGACGCUUGGCCGUGCGCGCACAUGUCAUGUCCCUCGACUCUGGUCGACGCUCGGCUGUGUGGGGUUAUCUGUAGCCGUCGACUAUAGUUGACGCCCGUACCAAAGUGGUUAAGUACCGAAUGACCAUGUUUCAUAAAAUGUGAGUUCAAAUAUCGAGUAGCGAACCGCCUAAAAAUGAAUCUAAAGAAAUUGUCCACUAAUUAAUUUGAAACAAUUUUUUUUUUUGAAAGAGUUAACUUAAAC